AUGGACUCUACCCAGCCUCAAGCAGCGACUAGUAGCAGCAGUCCCAUCUCCGCGCACCCCGAAGAGCCAUCUCAACCCGAAUCCUCCGAGCCCAAGGUCCUGCGCACGAGCGCAAGAGUCAAGGCCGCGAAACAGAAGGAGAGACAGAACCAACGCCCCCAACCCGAUUCUUCUGCAGUCUCUAUCCCCACCCCGACGAAGCGUUCCCGUGACAAAGGCAAGGGGCGAGAGGUACCUGACGAAGCUAGAGGGACCAAACGUACCCGCCGCUCCACCCUUCCUGCCACCUCCGCCCUCACCAUCAACGAACCUCCAAAGGACACCAAAGGCAAGAAGCGCGCCGCUCCAGAAGACCACUCCGAAGACGAGAACCCUGUUGCGACAUCCUCUGCUUCUAAGAAACUACGUCGCGCUACCAGUGCUUACUCCCUCAGACCACGAACGGACUCGCAGACUGCAUCUGAUAUGACCAGGAAGACUCGCGCAUCGUCAGGCAAGGGCAAAGUCGUCACGAAGAGCAAGAACGCGAUGACGGCUGCAAGCUCAUCUCGCGUUGGAGACGAGGAUGUGGAGAUGGUCGAUGCGGAGUGUGUCCAAGCCGAAGGCGAGCUCCGCGGAGAAGGGCAUGAAGAGGAGGACGAGGACCACGACGAGGACGUUCAUGAAGGGGGCGGAGGGGAUGAUGAAGACGAUGACGACGAGGCUGACCGCGAUCUGGCAGCCACGCUCGGUGGACUCACUGGCGAGGCGUCUGCAAUGUCCAUCUUCGGCGACUAUCGACAGUUCGGCUCCUACAUGAUGGGUAUCUCUGGCCGACUCAAAACCAUGCUCAACAACAUCAAGCCUACAGCGGACCCCACUACGCGUCUCCUCACCCUCCAGGAACUCAGCGAGCUGUUGAGUAUCAGUACUGAGGACACUCUGGCCGGUUCCUUCCAAGUUGAAGCUUUCAUUCGUGAACUCGUCAGAAUCCUGGGUGGUACCGGGAACACCGAUGAGGACGAAGGCGACGACGAAGAGGCAGGGGAACAGGAUGAGGAUGCAGCGCUUGCCGCGGCGUUGGCGAUGAGCGCGGGUGGAGGAGCAUACCAAGGCGAUGAAAAUCUGGAGGCACAAGUUCUGGCCUGCAGGUGUCUCGCGAACUUGAUGGAAGCCCUCCCCGGUGUUGCCCACACUGUCGUGUACCACGGCGCGAUUCCUGUCCUCUGCAGCAAGUUGAUCGAGAUUUCCUAUAUCGACUUGGCAGAGCAGACCCUGAGUACUUUGGAGAAGAUCUCGGAAGAGUUUCCCAGCUCCAUCGUGCGAGAGGGUGGCCUUGCCGCUCUGUUGAACUACCUUGACUUCUUCUCUAUCGCUGUGCAAAGGACGGCUCUUCAAGCUGCGUCCAAUUGUUGCCGGAAUGUCUCUGUCGAGCAUUUCCCGAUGAUUCGUGGCGUCUGGCCCAUCAUUCGCAGCUGCCUUGGCUACUCGGACCAACGACUAGUCGAGUUCGCCUGCCUAUGCGUCAUCCGUAUCAUCGACUCGUACUAUCGCUCAUCCCCCGAGAAUCUCGAGCAACUUGUCGACCGGGACCUUAUCCAGGCGAUCAACAUGCUUCUCUUGCCUGCAGGCGGCUCUCCUCUCAUCGCCCCCAGCACCUUUACCCUCCUCCUUCGCGCCCUCGCCACGUCUGCUCGUGUGAGCUCCAAGAUCACCAUCGUGCUGCUCGAGGCAGGCAUUGUCGACACUCUUUAUCAAAUCCUCACAGGGGUCUUGCCUCCGCAGUCUGACGGUCUCAACGAACAGGGCGACGCUGCUGGUGGACAAGGUUUGGGCGGCGGCCUCGCUGACAUGACUGUCAUGGAGAAUCUCGCUCAUCGUCCGAAGGAUCAAAUUGAAGAAGCGCUCAGUUUAGUCUCCGAAUUGAUGCCCCCACUCCCCAAAGACGGGGUAUUCGAUCAUAAGGCGUAUACUGAGAAAGCUUUCAACAAGAUGACGAAGGCGAAAGCAAAAGCCGAUCGAGCUGCCGCGCGCCAAGCUGCAUCAAGUCAGGUAGCGACCUCUAGCACUGUGCCGCAGGGAGCUAGCACCGCAGAGCCAUCGUCCACGACGCCUGCCGAUGAGAAUCAAGGACAGCCCUCCGCCGAUGCUAUGCUCGUUGACCCUCAGUCGGCUCAGGACGCCGAAGACUCUUUGUCCCAACUUCCCAAGGAGUCGGUAACGAUGGACCGCACGGACAUGUUGCGUUCAAAGCCAGAGGCAGUGGGACGCUUCCUGCACCUCAUGGUCCCCAUCCUCGUCGACGUCUACGCUGCAAGUGUGAUUGCGCCUGUUCGGAUCAAGACCUUGACCGGGCUACUCAAAGCAGUCAGCUUCUUGGAUGGUGAUGAGCUCAAGCGCGUCUUCACUUUUGUCCCUGUUGCGAGCUUCGCAUCGUCUAUCCUCUCCUCUAAGGAUCAUCCGACUUUGGUGAUUGGCGCUUUGCAACUAGUGGAGCUACUACUCGCCAGAGUACCGGCUGAGUACAAGCCGGUAUUCCGUCGGGAAGGCGUUUUCCAUGAGAUCGAGACCCUUGCGAGUCGUGCUGUCACAUCGACCAAGUCCAAGGACAAAGACAAGAUCGCUGAAAAGGACAUCUCCGAAGCCCCCUCUCCCGCCGACUCUGGUGUCACAUCGUCCGUUGCUGUCCCCAUCUCCGUCAUCACCUCCAUCCCCGGCCACAAGAAACUUUCGUCUCUGUCAAUCGAACCCGACGACGCCAUUACGCUUAGAGCUCGCGUCAUCCGCUUCAAAUAUCUUGCCGUUGAUGACUCUGCGGGUUCUGAGGAUGUCUUCGCGAUGCUUCGUCGACUGGUUGAACGGAUUACCGACCCUGUCGCAUCGGAGAAGGAUCUUAGUGCGGCUCUGGGUGAGCUCGCGGCACUCUUCGGCUCUCAAAGCAGCUCUGUGUCAAGCUUCGAGCUCUUGCAAAGCGGCGUCAUUGAUGGCCUGUUGCAAUUUUUCUCCGAGUCCGAGGAACGCACAAUCCCCUUGCCGCGUCGUCAGGAGCUUUUCUUUAGCAAUUUCACCACGAGGAAGCCCAAGGGCUCCAGUAGCCAGACGGCGUUCGCAGUCUUCGUGAAGAAACUUCAAGAGAGCCUUACGCGUAUGGAAUCGUUCGAAGUGAUCAGCGUUGCUCAGAAUGCGGAUGACUCGAAGCGUAGCUCUCCCUCCCUUCUCGCUCGUCAGCUCCGCCUUCGCCUCAUGGCGGCAGAAGAUACCGACACCCCUCGGAACUUCAGUAACGUCAUCGUGUCCAUCCACGCGAUUGCUACAUUCCAAGCUCUCCACGACUACCUACGUCCUCGCGUAUCUGGCGUCAGCCCUGGCGCCCGGCUUUCGGGAAUGUUGGCCGCCCUGGCCGCGUCCGGUCUCACACCACCAUCUUCGCGCUUCGGCUUCCCUGAUAUUGCGGGUGCCAAUGCCGAGAGUAGCGCGGCUGCGUCGUCAUCUGCAGGUGGCGGUAGCGUCAGUCGACGAAGAAGUCUCCGUUUAAGCGCCAAGAAAGCGUCAGCUUCGGCAGGCGAGGCGGGGUCUCCACCUGCCUCUGCCAGCGGCGCCGGUGGUUUGGGCGAGGCGUCAGUGACUGCUCCUUCUGAUGUCGCUGAAGGGGACUCGGUGGCGUCUGCUGCUGAGCCGGCACCUAGCGAGACGGUCGUCAAUGACGACGAAUUCACAGCAGACUUCACAGACGAGGAAGUAGACGCAGAAAUCAUCGAAGAUGUGGACGACGAGGAGAAUGCGGCGGUUGACAGGACCAUCAACGUCUCAGUGGGAGAAGACUCCAAGGUCGAGGCACAGACUCCGGACGGCACACAUGUUCCUACUCCCAAGGCACCAACGUCUUCCUCUACGACUCCCCGCACCUCUACACCAAAGACGUCUUACGCUGCCGCGCUCAAGUCAAAGCCAACCGAUUGGCACCUGGAGUUUUUCAUGGACGAUCACCAACUGCCUCUGGACCUCACCGUCUAUGGCGCGAUCCACCAACAUGAGCUCCGGAAACACCGCGCCUCGGGAUCGCCGUUUGUGCCCGCUAUGAUAUGGCAAGGGGUUUACAGCAUAAAGUUCAAGAAGGUACCGGGUCCCCUUCCCGAUAGCGAAGGUCGUGGUGACGAAAUCGCUGGACGAAGUCGUUCCCCAGCUCCAUCGCUGUCAUCUCUGCCCGAGGACGCUCCCCAUGCGAAGAUUCUCCGCGUGUUGCGCGUGUUGCACAAGCUGAAUGCUCAGGAAAGCGAAAGAGCAACACCUAUGACGGCCAAACGCGUUCUUGCUGAAUCUGCUUUCGUCAACAACAAGCUCUCGGCGAAGCUCACUCGUCAGCUCGAAGAACCCAUGAUUGUUGCUAGCUCCUGUCUGCCUGAUUGGGCUCUUGAUCUCCCGCAGCACUUCCCCUUCCUCUUCCCCUUCGCCACUCGCUAUAACUUCCUCCAGUCAACAUCGUUCGGUUAUGCGCGCCUCAUCCUCAAGUGGCAGAGUCAGCAGCAGACCCGUGGUCAGGACAGCUCGCGGCGCGACGAUGGCGUUGGAUUGCUUGGGCGGCUACAGCGACAGAAGGUCCGGGUUAUGCGGAAGCACCUGCUUGAGUCCGCCGUCAAGGUCUUCGAACUGUACGGCUCUUCUUCAUCAGUCCUGGAGGUAGAGUACUUCGAGGAGGUCGGCACCGGCCUCGGGCCCACUCUGGAGUUCUACUCUCUGGUGUCGCGCGAGUUCGCGAGGCGAGAUUUGAAGAUAUGGCGCGAUGCAGACCCGACAAUGCCCGGCGCUCAUGUCCACCAUCCCCUCGGCCUGUUCCCGGCGCCCAUCAGCCCCGAGGAUAUCGUCGAGCAGGGCAUACAGAAGCGCACACAUAUCCUCCAGGUUAUUGGUCGCUUCGUAGCCAAAGCGAUGCUCGAUUCGAGAAUAAUCGAUCUGUCGUUCAACAAGAUCUUCUUGAAGCUCGUCUUGGGUGAGGAGGUCCCGCGCACAAUCGAUUCCCUUCGUCGCGUGGACCCUGAAUUAGCUGCUUCAUUGACGAAGAUCCAGAACAUUGCUGCAACAAACAGUCAGAACGAGAAGCUGCGUCGCAAGCUUGCUGCCCUCGAAGAUCUAGAGGUCGAGACCGUCAGCAUCGACGACCUCGGACUUGACUUCACCGUUCCUGGAUACGACAUCGAGCUCAAGCCUGGUGGUCGGGAUAUUGCGGUCACUGCCGAAAACGUCGAGGAAUACAUUCAAGAGGUUAUCGACGUCAUCAUUGGCAAGGGCGCCGAAGCCCAGGCUCAGGCGUUCCGGGAAGGCUUCUCCAAGGUCUUCCCCAUCUCGGAUCUUCAAGCAUUCACUUGCGACGAGCUGGCGAUGCUGUUCGGGAAUGCGGACGAAGACUGGAGUAUCGAGACUCUGAGCGAGACUCUGAAGGCCGAUCACGGUUUCAAUGUAGAAAGUCGCGCGAUUCGGGAUCUCAUCGAGAUCAUGUCCGAGUACGAUGCCACGUCUCGUCGAAGCUACUUGCAGUUCAUUACUGGAAGCCCCAAGCUUCCCAUUGGAGGCUUCAAAGGGCUGAACCCGCCGCUCACCGUAGUCCGCAAGCCGCACGAGGCGCCGUUGACUGCCAACGACUACUUGCCGAGCGUAAUGACUUGCGUCAACUACCUCAAGCUCCCUGAGUACUCGUCGAAGCAGGUUAUGACAGAGAAGUUGGCGACGGCGAUGCGGGAAGGUGUAGGAAGUUUCCAUCUGUCGUGA